AUGCGCGACGACGGUAGCUUCGUGCUCUACGAUGCCGACGGGGCCGUGGUGUGGUCCACGUUCGAGUUCCCCACGGACACCUUGGUCCCCGGUCAAGACCUCGUCCCUGGUGCGCACCUCUUCUCCAGCGUGUCGCCCACCAACAGGGCCGCCGGCAAGUUCCGCCUCGCCAACCAGCUCAACGACGAAAACCUCGUCUUGUACCCCGUGCAGACGGAGAACGCCGCGCACGCCGCGUACUGGGACACCGCCACGUUCCAGAUCGGCUUCCCGCUCACCCUGCGCCUCGACGCCACCGGAGUGCUAUACCUCACCGGCAACGGCGGCAACUACACCAAGAACCUCACGCGGCCCGGAGCCGCGCUGUCUCCCGCCGAGACGCAGGUCUUCUACCGCGUCACGCUCGACCCCGACGGAGUCUUGCGCCUGUACCGUCACGCCGUCGCGUCCGGCGACGCGUGGACGACCGACGUCCAGUUGAUCGGCCCAAGCGACAGAUGCCACGUCAAGGGCACGUGCGGGCCCAACAGCUACUGCGUCCUAGACCGCGACGCGCAGCCGAGCUGCCUUUGCCCUCCGGGGUUUGAAUUCAUCGAUGCUGCCAACGGCGCGCUAGGGUGCACCAGGACCUCAGGCGCCGGCGACUGCGAGGCCGGUCUGUCCAUGGCGACGAUCCAGAACAUGUCGUGGGCGGACACGUCGUACGCCGUGCUGGGCGCGGCCACCAGCGCCGCCGACUGCCAGGCCGCGUGCAUGGCCGACUGCCUCUGCGCCGCCAUGCUGCUCAACAGCAAAGACGGCACGUGCACUACGCAGCAGCUCCCUCUCAUGUACGGCCGCACUGGCGGCGGCUACACGCUGUUCGUCAAGAUCACCUCGGUGAGCCCGGCAAUCGGCGGCGGCGGCAGGGGCCACCGCGUCGGGCGCACGACCAUCGUCGUUGUGGUCUGCACCGGGCUCCUCGCGUGCGUGUCGUUAGCCGCGCUCCUGGCGGCGGCGCUGCUGUUCUGGGCGAACCGGAGGACGUUCGCGGAACAGGACGCGGCAGAGGCCCUGGACGAGGAGGCGCCCCUGAGGUCGUACAGCUACCAGGAACUGGAGCACGCAACGUGCGGCUUCCGCGAGCCGCUGGGCCGCGGCGCGUUCGGCACGGUGUUCCGGGGCACGCUGCUGCACAACAGCAGCGAGAAGACGAUCGCCGUGAAGCGGCUGGACAAGGUGGUGGAGGAAGGGGAGGUGGAGUUCCAGCGGGAGGUGCGCGCCAUCGGGCGGACGAGCCACCGGAACCUGGUCCGGCUGCUGGGGUUCUGCCACGAGGGCGCCAACCGGCUGCUGGUGUACGAGUACAUGAGCAACGGGUCGCUGGCGGAGCGUCUGUUCAGGAGCGGCGGCGGUGACGGGCCGCCGGCGUGGGGCGAGCGGAUGGGCAUCGCGCUGGACGUCGCGCGCGGGCUGCACUACCUCCACGACGAGCUGGAUAGCCGCGUGAUCCACUGCGACGUGAAGCCGCAGAACAUCCUGAUGGACGCGUCGGGCACGGCCAAGAUCGCCGACUUCGGGCUGGCCAAGCUGCUGCUGCCGGACCAGACGCGGACGUUCACGGGGGUGCGCGGCACGCGCGGGUACAUGGCCCCGGAGUGGUACCGCGGCGUCGGGCCGCUGACGGUGAAGGCGGACGUGUACAGCUACGGCGUGGUGCUGCUGGAGAUCGUGACGUGCCGGCGGAGCAUGGAGCUGGAGGAGGCCGGCGAGGAGCGGACGCUCAUGGAGUGCGCGCACGAGUGGCUAGUGCGGGGCGAGGUGACGCGGGCGGUGGGCUGCCAAGACGAGGCGCCGGAGGUGGAGCGGGCGGUGAAGGUGGCGGUGUGGUGCGCGCAGGCGGAGCCCCAGGCGAGGCCGGCCAUGAGGAGCGUCAUCCUGAUGCUGGAAGGGCUCGUGGAGGUGCCCUUCCCGCCGCUGCCGGCCUCCUGA